AAAAAAAUAAAAAAAACGCAUUGCAUUGCACGAGGGGCAUUAAAUGACGAACGCGGGUCUGUAAAACAAGUCUGGCAACGAUUGAGUGCUCCUAUCAUGAUUGGUCCGGAUGAUUCCACGGAAAAGAGGAGGCGCGUGUAAGCAAAAGGUUGGCCCUUGUCUGAUGUUCCUUUGAUCGCCCUGCCGGCCGACGAAACGGGAGGCUUUUGUACAGAAUGGACUUGGGUCUAGGUAAGUUACCCAGUAAAGCAUUUCUGGUUGGUCUGCAGAUGUGGCGUGGUACGUAGCAAGAUGUGAGCUGUGCGUGUGUCGCCCGAACUCCAUUCUCCAUCCAGUCAUCAUUCCGUAUGUCUGGUGACCGUGUAGGUGCAUGCAGCCAACCAACCCAGGGAGGUCUCUUCCCCGCAAAUUUGUUGUGUACGAGGCUAAAGCAGAGCAGUUGUUGCAUACCUCACGCCCAAAGGUGGUAGGUACGUUGGUUCGAUGGAUCCAGAUCAAGGAAAGCAUGUAUUAUACUGUACUACCUUACCUAGGUAGGUGCCUUAGGUAAAAGAGAGGUGGGUAGGUGAGGUAAGGUAGACAGGCAGCCCAACAAUGACGCCUCCCCACGUCGUUUGAUUCACCUUGUCCUCGUCCCGUUUAAUAUACCGCUGUCCGGCUCUUUCAGAACCGCAGCAACCACCCUACCUCUCCCUUCUUUCCACCACUUCAAUUGCCUCGUCAUCGACGAGUACAUCACAUUUCAUCCAUUUACACCCAGUAGAGCCCUGGCGGCUUCGCAAAACAAAAGCACAACGUCAAGAUGGACCGGCUAAGCAACAUAAACCCCUUCUCCAAGCGGGACUCCCACUCGGCGAAUGCUGUCAUCACGUACAAGAUCCUGACCAUCAUAUCAUGGCUCUUGUCGCUGCUCUCGUCUGUCUACUACACCUUCAACGACGACCACGAUGCCUUCCAUAUUCGCCGCCGAAUCUGGGACAUCAAUGACCUGUACCUGACAGGCUUCCGUCUCGACCACAUGAUCACAUCGCUAUACUGGCUUGCUCUUUUCAUUCUUCAGGUUGGAUAUGCAUCGUUCCUCUUCUCAACAAAUCUCGACCGCAAGAACCAGGCCUGCGCUGUGGGUAGCCACUUCAUCCUCAAUAACCUUUUGCACUUUGCAUUUGUGAUGCUGUUUGUAUACGGCCACUUUGUUUGGACUGAGGUGGUUCUCAUCGUCAACUUCGCCAACCUCACGUUCCUGUACUUCCGCCACAACACGUACCCUCGCUUUAUCCAUACCCCUGUGGUUUCGGGUCCGUUGGCGUGGACUUUUGUGGCCAUCUACUGGAACGGUGCCAUCAUGGUGCACCACCCAGAGGCUUUGGUAGCAAGGAUAUUUGCCAACAUCUUCAUCUGGUCGAUAUUUGUCUACGGUCUGUUUUUUCUGGUCAUGUACAAGGACUACACCAUGGGCUUCUCUCUUAGCGUCUUGGCCGCUUCUCUGGGCGUCGCUCAGUUCUUGCGCCAGGUCAUCGCUCUGCAGUGGAUUUUCGCCUUUACCAUCAUGGCCGUGCUGUUCGUACUCUCGCUGGUGGUUGCCUUCCCCGCCUGGACUGGCAGGGAGUCUUCGGCGCCUCCUCAGGAUGCUGAGCGUGCUCCUCUGUUGCACGGUAAUUAAAUGCUCGGGUCAAUUCCACGCAUCAUCUGACAAUAUUUGUGGUGCUGCCGGUACUCCCAGAGGAUUGGCAGAGAAUUGAUUAUGAGGGGCAAUCUGCGCUUCUGUCUUGAUUGCCGGUGGAAAAUGGCAAAGUUAAUUGACGUUUCCACGACUGAUUGCACCACUGUGUGCCUUGGAGUCUCAUUCUAUGGGGACAACUAAUCUUUUUCGGGCUGGAUUCACCACGAAAAAUUGUUUGGUUUUAAGAGAUUGCAUUUUCAAAACAGAUUAGUCGACGAUUUCCUUGAUAUUUGCGUUAUCAACACAAGCCAUGUUUAUCUUUUCAAUCUGAUUAUAGUCAAUGCUUAUGUGCUUCGCAUCGCUG